UUUCCGUUCAUGGACCCUUCAUUGACAUGGGAUGAAAGAGUACAUGACUUGGUGUCCAGGCUAACUGAAGAGGAGAUGAUGAACCAAAUGGCUAAAGGACGAGCCGAUAUUAAAACCGGAGCUCCAUCAAUUCCUAGACUGGGUAUUGGAGAAUAUGAUUGGGCGACUGAAUGUCUUCAUGGGGACGCGAUAGCUGGCAAUGCAACUUCUUUUCCUCAAGCCAUCGGAUUAGCGGCUACGUGGAGCAAGGAUGUGUUGUAUCGAGUCGCCGAAGCUACGAGUGUAGAAGUAAGAGCCAAAAACAACAAUUACACAAAACAUGGAUUGUAUGGAUUCCACAUGGGGCUUUCCUGUUUUAGUCCGGUCAUCAAUAUAUUACGAGAUCCUCGGUGGGGAAGGUGCCAAGAAACAUAUGGCGAAGACCCGCACUUGACAGGUGCGUUGGCUCAGAGUUUCGUUCGUGGCCUGCAAGGGGGUCACCCAAGAUAUAUCCGUGCAUCAGCUGCAUGUAAACACUUUGAUGCUCAUUCCGGCCCAGAAAACAUUCCAAAAUCCAGACUGUCAUUUAAUUCAAUUGUUUCUGAAAGAGAUUGGCGGACAACUUUUCUUCCUGCUUUCAAAGACUGUGUGGAUGCUGGAGUCUACAGUAUAAUGUGUAGUUAUAAUAGUAUUAAUGGAGUGCCAGCAUGUGCAAAUAAAAAGCUAUUGACUGAUAUUUUGAGGAAUGAGUGGGGAUUUUCUGGAUAUGUAGUGAGUGAUGCUGGAGCUAUUGAGAAUGUGUGGCAUUUUCAUAACUAUACCACAAAUGACGUCGACACUGUUGCUACUACUGUCAACGCUGGUGUUAAUCUCAAUCUUGCUGCAGGUACCGUAUAUGAACCACAGGCUAUAGAGCAAGUAAAGCUACCCGAUCAAAUAGUCAGGGAGAGAAUGAAGCCCCUCUGGUACACCAGAAUGAGAUUAGGGGAGUUCGAUCCAGAUUACAUGAAUCCAUAUAGUAAUAUUAAUUUGGGAGCUAUACAGAGUAAAGUACAUCAAGAACUUUCUCUAGAAACUGCAAUGAAAUCAUUUGUUUUGUUGAAAAAUAUAGACAACACUCUACCAUUACCUAACACACGCUUCCAUUGGAUAAGCAUUGUAGGACCUAUGAUAGACAGUCCAGAGCAGCUUUUUGGAAGUUAUGCUCCUACCUAUGACCCAAAAUUUACGGUAACGCCAUAUUAUGGAUUAGAGCGUUUAGGGGGAAAUAUCACUUCGGGCCAAGGUUGUGAAGACAAUAAAUGUGAACACUACGCGAAGAAUGACAUUAUUAACGCAGUUUAUGUUUCAGAGGUUGUAUUCGUUUGUCUUGGACUUGGAACUGAAGUUGAAGCCGAAGGUAAAGACCGAGAUACCAUAGAUCUUCCAGGUGGACAACUUCAGCUACUUAAAGACGCUGUGAAGUAUAGCCCAGAAAAUGCAAUUAUCAUUUUAAUAAUUUUCAAUGCCGGGGCAGUUGAUCUAUCUUGGGCAGAACAAAACAGCAAGAUAUCGGCGAUAAUAGCAGCGUUUUAUCCCGGACAGACAACAGGUACGGCACUAAGAAAGCUCAUUACCCACGACGGACCAUAUUCUGUUCCGGCUGCACGACUGCCAUUUACUUGGCCGAAAUCUGAUGGACAGUUACCUCCAAUGGUGAAUUACAACAUGACUGGGAGAACAUAUAGAUAUCUGAAAGAUGAUCAAGAACCUUUGUAUCCAUUCGGUUACGGAUUAUCUUAUACACAAUUCCAAUACGAUCAUGUAUCUGUUGAUCUUCCAGUUAAGGACGGUGUUUACAUUGUUAAUGCUGGCGAUGACCUAAAUGGCUCUGUUUUUGUAAAAAACAAGGGGCAAUAUGAAGGCGAAGAAGUUUCUCAAGUAUAUAUUCAGUGGAAAAAUAUAGAGAUUCAAACACCAAAAUUACAACUGGUAGAUUUUGCACGUCAACACAUCCCUACCAAAGAGUAUAUUAAGGUUGACUUUACAAUUGCUGCCGAGAAAAUGGCUGUCUGGACAGAUGAUGGCGGAUGGAUCAUCCUACCUUGCACUUUACACGUGUUUAUAGGCGGACAACAACCUUUUCAGACCAAGCCGGUUGGAUCCAAUAUCAUUAGUUUUGAAGUAAAAAUUCAAGGACAGAAAAUGCUUAAAUAAAACACAUCAGCGUAUU